AAGGAAAGAUGUAGAGCUCUGGGAAAUGCUUCAUUUUGGGAAAUGCUUCAUUUAAUCAUGGCUUCUUUUAACACUCAGUCAUACUCGACGGACAUAGUUUUAAGUGAUGCCCAAAGUACCACUCCUCAUUCUCUUGAUUCGUCUGGAACUAGUCCAGAAGACCUAAGAAGUCUUAUCUUCUCCGCCAUUUUUUUCGCUCUCAUCGUGAUAGCCAACAUUAUCAGCCUCGGAGCGUUCAUGGUUGAGAAACGCCUCCGUACUUAUAAUAACUACUUCAUCAUCAACCUCACCAUACUUGAUUUGCUGGUUGGAAUUGUACUGGGGACUGUGAUAGAGUAUUCUUAUAUCAAGCGCUAUCCAUUUUCUCAAAAUGUCUGUAAGAUCAUGACGGGAAUCUUCAAUGGAAUCGUCAAUGCUUCUAACAUCACUGUGGUUGUGAUCUGCGCUGAUCGACACCAAGCUAUCUACGAUCCCAUCAACCAUUUCAUCUCUAGGUCAAAGCGUAAGGCCAUCAUUAUCAACUCCCUACCUUGGGUGAUUGGACUGUCCUUCUGGAUCGGGUAUGUCACUGUUUGGGAGUUCGUCGUCGAUUACGACAACGGACCACACUGUCUCCAGCUGUACUUAAAAAGCCCCAUCACGAAUGUCAUCCAGGUUGUGGCCAAGUUCUUUCUGCCUCUUGCCGUUAUCGCAGUUCUCUACUUCAGAAUCUAUAGGAAGAUCCGAAAGACGGUUGGGAGAAGGGGGAAGAUCAAGAGGUCGGACGGGUUGACAGACAUCAAUCUUUCCACCACAGAUGUGUCGGGUGUUCGUGUCAUUUCGAGUUCGCUUGAAGUCUCCUUAGAUAACAUUGCAGAACCAAGAAGCAGAGACGACACCAUCGUAUCUCCGUCAAACGACGAAGGCAAGAUUGGAGAUCGCAGCCAAGAAUUGUCGAAAUCAAACUCAAAUCGUAUGGAAUCGACAGCUGAAACGACGAAGGCCAUUCGAACCCUCCUCCUCAUCGUCAUCACUUUCGUAGUCACGUGGAUUCCUGUUAGCGUUCUCAAUUUGAUCUACAGCUUCGAACCUCGACUCGUUUUGCCAGGUCUACCAAUCGAAGCUUUCACAACCAUCCUCAACCUGCAGUACGGGAACAGCCUCUUAAAUCCUCUCUCCUAUGCCAUGUCUCAACCUCUAUUUCGAGAAACCAUCGUUAGGAUGUUCACCUGUAGGGGUUGUAGAAGAUUAUCGCGAGCUAACUAAACUUGUACUCCGAUACUGCGUUCUUUUUGUUCCUUAUGGUCAUCCACUUUCGUUUUAAUUCCUUUACAU